GGCCCAUCAGGUCAGACCAUCCUCCCUGGACCAGUUCUUCAAAUACAAUGAGAUUUUCUCUAUUAUUUGCUGCAGUGAUUCAGUGACAAACUUCACCACCAGCCAAGCAACAGAAUGAGGCCGCAGAUGGUGGACCUAAGGAAUGGGAGCACAGUGACAGAGUUUAUCCUCGUGGGCUUCGAGCAGAGCUCCUCUUCCACUCGGGCAUUGCUCUUUGCCCUCUUCCUAGCCCUCUACAGCCUUGCCAUGGCCAUGAAUGGCCUCAUCAUCUUCAUCACCUGGACAGACCCCAGACUCAACAGCCCCAUGUACUUCUUCCUUGGCCAUCUGUCCUUCCUGGAUGUCUGCUUCAUCACCACCACCAUCCCACAGAUGCUAAUCCACCUGGUGGUCAAGAACCACACUGUCUCCUUUGCCUCCUGCUUGACCCAGAUGUACCUGGUCUUCUGUGUGGGUGUAGCCGAGUGCAUCCUCUUGGCUUUUAUGGCCUAUGACCGUUACGUUGCUAUCUGCCACCCACUCAGUUACGCCCAGAUCAUGAGCCAGCAUGUCUGUGUGAGGCUGGUGAGUACUGCCUGGUUCUUUGGGCUAAUCAAUGGCAUCUUUCUUGAGUAUAUGUCAUUCCGGAAUCCCUUCUGCAGAGACAACCACAUAGAAAACUUCUUCUGUGAGGCCCCCAUAGUGAUUGCCCUCUCUUGUGGAGACCCCCAGUUUAGCCUGAAAAUGAUCUUUGCUGAUGCCAUCGUGGUGCUGCUCAGCCCCAUGGUGCUCAUUGUUAUCUCCUAUGCCCGCAUCCUGGCCUCCAUCCUUGGCAGAAUCUCUUCCUCAGGUCGGGGGAAGACCUUCUCUACUUGUGCCUCCCAUCUGACUGUGGUCAUCUUUCUGUAUACCUCAGCCAUGUUCUCUUACAUGAAUCCUCGCAGCACACAUGGCCCUGACAAAGACAAGCCUUUCUCCCUUCUCUACACCAUCAUCACCCCCAUGUGCAACCCCAUCAUCUAUAGUUUUCGAAACAAGGAAAUGAAGGGGGCCAUGGUGAGGGCCCUUGGGAGGACCAGCCUGGCCCAGGCAGAAUCUAUCUAGCGGGAAGACUCCUGGAAGAGAGGUCUCCCCCCGCCCACCCAAGUCUUGACAAUUGGGCAACUCUCCAAUGCUGAGAGUCUCCAGGAAAGAGCAUUCAUAGCUUUCUUUCUACUAGCAUCAGUCCUGAAAGAUCCUAUUGAUGUCUAAUGCUCAUCUGUCUGAUUUCACUUCAAGCAUUGUUUUCUCUUAGGCCUUCCUGAGGAUAAUUUAAGACUUUCAUGUUUUUCUUCUAUGUUGUCACAUCUUUUAAAGGCACAAGUGCACUUAACUCCAUUUAAUUUUAUUCGUACAGUACUUUUACAUACUAUUCCUAGCCUGAGUUUUGCAUACACAUUUAGGAGCAAACUUUUCUCUUUCAACUUAUCAUUAUAGUGUUCUUUUCUUUCUCACAUUCCACUCUCAUAUCCUGAAUCCACCCUCAUCCACCCCACUCCUACAUAAGAAAAAAUAGGGGAAGAAGUUAAGAAAAAGGGAAUUAGGGAGCAGUGUUGACAUUAAGAAAAGUCAGAGAAAAGAAGAAAAAGAAAAACUAAGGAUGAUAAGCCUGAACCCCAUCUUCUUAGCUUCCAUUAGCCCAUAAGGGAGAACUUUUAUGAUGGCUUUAAGUGGCUACCAUAACACUGCAUUCAACUUAUGUUUAUGCUUGUGUGUUGUUGAGGAAAUGCAGGUGAGAUAGACCAAUAUGUCAAAUCCCUUCUAAAUCUUCUAGUUUCCUUAAGUAACAUGACUGUUUGAUAUUUCCCUUAUGAUCCAAGUGGUCAAUGCCUCUUCCAAGCUUCUCAGACUAUUAGUUUCCUUCCCUGGUAUAUACUCCAAAUUAACUCCCCUCUCCCUACUGCCUUCCUUUUUCCCAACCAUCUUUCAUUUCAUUGCACCUUACUUCCCACCUUAAAUAGACAUAUUUCAUUCCCUGUACUUUAAGUAACACCUCUCCACACUAUCUCUACCAUUGCAGAAGCCUUUCCAUUUGCAACCCUAACCCCUCUCACUUCUUCUAGCUUUUCUCCUUAACCAAAUUUAGCGUCCCUUGAGAGAGCAUUAUAUUCUUAACCACUCUUUUUUUUUUUUUUAAAUUGCAUCCUUCUCAUGCCCCUUUCUUAAUAAUAGGAAAGGGAACAGGUCUGUUAUUUUCUGGUGCCACUUCCAUAAGAUGAAUGCACCUCAGUUAGGAUUCCCUCAAAUAGAUGUACUACCCUUUCCAUAUUAUACAAAUCACACUACCUUCUGCAAUGACUUAAAGCAGUAGCUUCACUCCACAAAAUUCUAAUCUUUUGAGUCCAAAUUGGUGAAUCUCUAUAUAUCAGAGGACAUGUGAGAAGCACUUCUCAGUCAGCAAGGAGGAAGAAAUGAAACACCACUAUAAUUGAGAAGAAACAAUAAACACAGAACAAAAAAUUUUCCAUUAUCGAAGAGAAAUUACACCAGGCAAAGUUAAACAGGAAAGAAAGACUUUAUUUAAGACUACUGCAAUAGGAGGGGAAGCUGGGUGGCUGCUAGUUGAGCGUCUGACUUUGGCUCGGGUCAUGAUCUCAGUUUGUGGGUUCAGGCCCUGCAUCAGGCUCGCUGCUAUCAG